UCAAAAUUCUCGUUUCAUGUAAAUUUUUGUCGAAAACAACAUAAAUAUUUUUAUUCGAAAUUAAAUUUUCAUUUUAUAAUUAGAAAUAAAUAAUAACUAUGGCUGAAAAGGAACUUAUAUCUAAACUCGCUAAUGUACCACUAGCAAAGCCAGGGUUUGACGCUUUAGGAAUGUCAGCACCGGUUUUGGUACAAAUGAAUCCCGACGGAAAGUGGGAAAACAGUAAACCAGAAAAUUUGGAUGAGGAGCGGCUUAGAGCCGUAGUACAGCAUCUGACUAAUUCUAAAGCUUUGUCUGCUGCUCAGAGUUACUGUGUUCAAUGUGCUGCAGAAAGUCAGAAAACUGGCGGUAAAUCAAAUUAUGUUCCUGUCAUUAUGAUGCCUAUUUACCCAGCUGACCAAUGUCCUUUUGAUAUGGAAUGCGAGAUGCAAAAAAUAAAGGAGACUGAAACAAAGAAACCUAAGAAAAACAAAAAAGACGAAAAAUCACAAGAAGAUGAAAAACAAACGGAAUCAAAGAAGAAACCAAAGAAGCGCGGUUUUGUCAUGCAAAGGCUUACGGAUUUUGAUUUAUUGUCGCAAUGGUAA